UCGGAUCCAGGCGACAUCCUCAUAAACUAUUUUGCACCAUUUAACUUAGGGGGAGCAUUCUAUUUUGAUCAAAUUGAUGGGAGUUAUGCACAAGUCGACCUUAAAUUAGAGAGUGUGGUUCAGGGCAUGAAAAAGUGGGGAUUUCAAAUAAUAUGCAAGCAAUUAGAGGACGAUUUAAAAGCUACGCUCCGAUACAAUAAGUUAAUUGAUCCAGCUUUCCUCUACGAGGUUGGUCAUGACUCAACGGAUCCAGAAGUCGAGAGUUCACAUGUGCAUGGAGACAACCCAAUCGAAAUGGAUCAACUAAAAAACUUGCAAGAGAGUUCACAUAUGCUUGAAAACAGAAUGAUCGAAUUUGAUCUAGAUUGUCCACCGAGUUCUUACGAGCAUGAUAAAGUCAUAAACAUGAGACAUCGUGAGCAUUUUCUUCCUGGAUACUUUCUUCCUGGAGACCCGCGCAGCCUGGGGAACAAAAAGUACAAGCUUUGGUCGCAACAAUAUGGAGACGGGCUAAGGAUGUAAUUCGUAAGUUCUUCCUUUUGGCUAAAUCCUCUUUUCUCCGCCCUACCCAAACUUCUAGCUCCACCAUCUUCCGUCGGACACCUGCGAUCUCUGACAAAUGCAAGAUCGCCGCUUGGCAAGCGGAGGCGGCCCACAGAAGAAGUCCCUAGCGAACCGACGGGCGACGGAGGCCAACGAGCGGAGGCGACGGACUACCGCCGCUGCCGACCGACGCCAUGGGAACCGGUGGCGUAGCUUCUUCAGGGGAACGAUUCUCUCCUGAGGUUCCUGGCUUCGUGCAGCUUGCUAUAUAGAUCGGGUAACACCUGGCACAUCCAGAUUGUAUCGAGUCGAUGCAAUACUUGAGCAGGAUUUUGAAUUUGAUUCGUUUGGUGCUGGAGUUGCACGGGAACUUGAAGAAUGUGUCGUUGAAUUUGUUCAAGAGACGCUGAAUGAGUGUUCUCAUCGGAAGUUUAGUUUGUCGAUGCUUGGUAGUGAAUUCAAUGGUAGCGACGUUGCACGCUGCAAAAUCAGGACAAUCCCUAGAAGGCGAAACUUGCUUUGGACAGCCUUGUAGUUCCAGCUGGGUAAGAAACUGGUUUUUGGUAAACAACUGUGUGAUUGUUGAGGAUGGGAAUGUUAUCGCAGCUAGAAGAAACCUGACUAUUGAGACACGAAAUGCAACAAGACAUGCAGAGAUUGAAGCUCUUGAUGUUCUUCUUGAACAGUGGCAAAGGACUGGAUUAUUGGCUGCAGAAGUUGCAAAGAAGUUUUCAAUAUGCUCCCUUUACGUGACAUUUGAACCAUGCAUAAUGAAAAUAAAUGGAGAUGGAACCUGUCUCUGGUUUCAAGCUGAUGAGCUAGUCUUGUCUCUUGCAGUAAUGGGAAUUCUGGAUCAAAGGGUUUCAAAUGUUGUGGAGGUAUAAUGGCAUCAGAAGCAGUUCUCCUCUGUGAGAUUUUUAUGAACGAGGAAAACCUGAUGGUAUGAACGGCGAUCGACCAUUUUAACCGGUUGAAUUGUCUGUAAGAAUGUUAAAAUGAUGUUGGUAUCACCUAUUUAUAUGAGAUAACUUAAGGAAAAUGAUAGUUCUUUUUCAAUGGACCCACAGUUAAUUACACUUUUUAAUAGGCUUCUAUGAGCAUAAUAGAGCAAUUCUACUUUUUGAACCAAGGUUUACCUUUUCAAUCAAUGAAGUUGACCAUUGUGUCUGCUAGCAACAUCUUCCUGAAAGACCCUUCCUCGGAAUAAGUUCUCUUUUAAACUCAAAUACUGUGGUCUUCCUCUUGCUCAUCCUCUUCCAUGUUGAUUAAAAAGAAUACAGGAAGCCUCUUUCUGUUUGUACUUUUUAACAAAUUCUCUCAAAUAGCUAGAAAGAAUUGU